AACAAAGACGCCGGCAUCGAAAUGUCUGCCUCAACUAGUAGCAAGAAUACGCUUCUCUCUUCAAUCAUCUCUGGCAUACUGAGCCUGGUUAUCUUUGCCACACUCCGUUUCUGCGCCGACUGGUUCAAUGGCUCACAAUUGAAUGUCUUAGUGGGCGGAUACCUCUUCUCCUGGCUGUUCAUUUUGAGCCUCACAUGCGUGUCCAAUGCCGAAAUGCUGAUUUUUGGCCCGGACUUUCAGGCCAAGCUGGUGCCGGAGAUACUUUUCUGCCUGUCCCUCACGGUGGCCGCUGCGGGCAUUGUUCAUCGUGUGUGUGCCACAACUAGUGUUCUCUUCUCCCUGGUGGGUUUGUACUUUCUCAAUCGAAUCUCCAUCAAGUAUUAUUCCACUUCUGUGGUUCCUGUGGAUGCACCAGCACGAAAGACUACCAAGAAGUUCAAAUGAUGCCGCGACAAUCAUGAAUCGAAUCUGUAGCUUAUGAUUUAUUUACUAAUGGAUAACAUAUAAACUAUAAUAUAAUAUAAUAUAUAAACUA